AUACAAAUAUAGAUAAUAACUGCAACGUAUUAUUAUUUACACGUGACGAUUUUUGUUUUUCAAACUUCUAUCUCACACUUACGCAGUUUUACACAAGGAAAAUCUUCGUGCACGCCUUCGCCAUUUUGUUUAUUCGGUUUGCUUUUGGAGGGAAACAAAUAACGAUUUUUAGUUCAUUUAAAUUAGUCAUUAUAUAUAUAUUAUCAUAAUUCUGAUGAUACACGUGUUAUAAUUAAUCGUGAGUCAUAUAUUGAUGCAAUCGCAUAUUCAAAUAAAGACGAUUACUUCUACUUUAUUUUAUACCAACGCCAUUUGUCAACAACGAGACAAACAUGGCUCGUACGAAGCAAACUGCUCGUAAAUCUACUGGAGGAAAGGCACCUAGAAAGCAACUUGCUACAAAGGCAGCACGUAAAAGUGCACCUUCUACUGGAGGUGUAAAAAAACCUCAUCGUUAUAGGCCUGGAACUGUAGCGCUCAGAGAAAUCAGAAGAUAUCAAAAAUCUACAGAGUUGCUAAUUAGGAAAUUACCAUUUCAACGAUUGGUUCGUGAAAUUGCACAAGAUUUCAAAACUGAUUUGCGUUUCCAAAGUGCAGCUAUCGGUGCUUUGCAAGAAGCAUCUGAAGCUUAUUUAGUUGGUUUAUUUGAAGACACAAAUUUAUGUGCUAUUCAUGCUAAGCGUGUUACUAUCAUGCCUAAAGAUAUUCAAUUAGCACGAAGAAUCCGUGGUGAACGUGCUUAAAUUUUAAACAAUUUACAAUGUCUGUUUCUAUUCAUUUUACUAUCAUGUCAUGCGACAUUAUUCUUCAAAGUAAUUAAAUACGUUGCAAUUCAGUUCUUCCCACAAAUAUUCACUAGAGUCUACACUGCCAAGCACUAUAAGUAGUAUAUAAAUGGGGAAAUAUAAUCUAGGUUUACCUGUUCUAUUAAAUAAAUUAUAGAAAAAUAUUAAAAUUUAGUAAUAGGCCAUUAACUUCUCCAAUUACGGUAUGUGAACAUGAUUAUAGUGGAUUAGUAUUUGUAAUCAAACUUAUAUCAUUACACGCAAGC